UCUCCGCAUCUCGCUGCCAGUACAUUCAGAACGAACACUUCAACACUCGUCACGGCAACCGAGACCACCUUCGCAAUAUGGCCGCCGCGAGCGACAAAGCACGUUUCUUUCUCGAGCAGUCCGUGCCGGAACUAAAAGAGUAUGAACGCAAGGGUAUCUUCAGCACCGACGAAAUCACCAGCAUCGCCCGCAGACGGUCCGACUUCGAACACAAGAUUAAUGCCAGAGGUUCGACGCCUACAGACUUCGCCCGCUACGCCGAAUUCGAGAUCAAUGUUGAAGCCUUGCGGCGAAAGAGGGUAAAGAGACUGGGAGUUAAAUCAACCACACAUAGCGGCAAACGGCGCAUUUUCUUCGUCUUCGAUCGCGGGACCCGGAAGCAUGCAGGCGACGUCGAUUUAUGGCUUCAGGCAUUAGAAUUUGCCAGGAAGGAAAAGGCUUACAAGAAACUUCAGCAAAUAUUCGCAAACGUUUUGCGCCUACACCCUCGAAAGUCGGACCUAUGGAUAUAUGCUGCAGAUUUUGCAAUGGACGAGAACGGAGACAUGACCGAGGCGAGGAGCUACAUGCAACGAGGCCUCCGAUUCUGCAAAGGAUCAAGAUCGAUGUGGUUGGAAUACGGAAGGCUCGAGAUGUCGUACAUUGCCAAACUGCAGGCUCGGCGAGAGAUCUUGGGCAUUACGGUUGGCGAAGCGAAACGUUCGACGGAGACUGCGGAAGAAGAUGAAAAUGUUCUGGAGUUGCCAAAAUUGACGGCUAUGGACGUCAACCCCGAUACUGAAGGAGACGAGCUCAACAAAGCAGCCUUGCAGAAUCUGGAUUCCACGCCUGCCAUGAGUGGCGCUAUCCCAAUUGCCAUAUUCGAUGCUGCUAUGGCUCACUUCCAAGACCCUGCAUUCGCCCUGGACUUUUUCGGCAUGGUCACAGAGUACGACAACCUUCCGGCCUGUCGGGGGAUUGCAGAGCACGUCGAAGCAGAGUUGAUGAAGGGCUAUGCGCAAGACUGGCACAGCCAAAUAUGCCACAUCCGUUUGCCGGUUGUCUCAGUACCUGCUGACUCCCCAGCAUUCGUUCCUGCAUUCAGAGAAGUGUUGAAGCGCCUGAAAACAGCCAGGGAAAAGACACACAGUCACGACUUCGUGUCUUCAGCAAGAAGCUGCUUACAGAGGCUUCUGGAGUCAUCAGACCUGGACCCAGCCAUCAAGACCGUCGGUGAUGCGGUGCUGGCGUCCUUGGAGGCUCAAUGAGUACGUUGUCAACAUAAUCCAGA